AUAUCAUAACGUGACGAACGCGUUUGCGUUAAGUCUCUUUUUGUAUAGGAUUUUGAGUUUCCAAAACGUCCCGCUUGGCGCGCUCUUUCUAAAUCCAAUACAAAAUGAGACUAAACGCAAACGCGUACGUCACGUUUCGAAAUCGAAUUUAUUUACACUAGGGGUACUGAUCGCUCACGUAAAUUCAGUCGAUGAUUGCUCCACAUGUUUUGCUUCAGUGUGUGCGAGUGACCCGGUUUAAUAUAUUUUUCAUCACACAUACUCGAAAAAGAUCGUAUUUCAUGCAGGUAUACUAAAGAACAAAGGCCUAUAUUGUUCCCGCGGGAGUUAUAGCUUUUUUAAAUUCUGUCACUAAUUUCAUGUAGGUUUACUGACAUUUCUAAUUUAAUAUUUGUUUAUAUAAAAAUAUUAUCAUUUUUCCUUUUUUUUCGGUAAACAAACAAAAAAAAAAUUCAUAAUUUUUGUUCGGUAAACUUCGGAGAGAAGGGGGGAGGGUAUGGUAUUUUUUCAGAUUUUCCUCCAUAAAUCUUUUUUUUUUCACUCCAAAAAAAAAGAAAAAAUCUUUUGGAAUGUACAAUUUGAGCUCUUUUAAAUUGUACCCCACUUGACCUAGUCACUAUCUUUAAAACUUUACUUUGAAAUUUUGCCCCUUCUUCAUAUUGGCCAUUUUCCAUAGUUGAUAAAAAAAAAUACUUUCAUUGUGUUUGGUUUAGCGUUGUUCAUAACUAUUCCAAAUUUCAAAUCGAUAGCUUAAGUGGUUCUCAAGAUAUUUAGUGUUGUGACAGACGCACGGACGGACGGACAGAGUCGCACCAUAAUGGUUCCUUUUGUACGUUUUUGGUACGGAACCCUAAAAACAUACAACAGAAUUGACAACCUCCGCCUUUUGAAAUCUUGUCGUAAAAAAAGUCAUUAUAUCGUAAUAACGUUUCAGUCGCUCGCAAGAUGUGUCUUCCAGCAGUUGUGGUAGUCCUAGUCGUAGCAAGCGAGCGCGUGGCUAGCCAGCGCUUCCCUCCAGGGUUCCGGUUCGGGGCCGCCACAUCGGCCUACCAAAUCGAAGGCGGCUGGAACGUAAGCGACAAAGGUGAGAGCAUCUGGGACCGCAUGGUCCACUCUCGCCCGGACUUCAUAUACGACCGCAGCAACGCCGAUGUGGCAUGCGACUCCUACCACCUGUGGGAGGAAGACCUGCGACUGGUGCAGGAGAUGGGAUUGGACUUCUACAGGUUCUCUAUAUCGUGGCCUCGGCUGCUGCCGCACGGCUUCAGCAAUAAGAUCAGUGAAGAUGGCCGCCGGUACUACAGCGCGGUCGUUGACGGGCUGCGGGCGCGCGGCGUCGCGCCUGUAGUCACGCUCUACCACUGGGACUUGCCCCAGAGACUACAGGAUCUUGGAGGCUGGACGAACCCCCUCAUAGUGGAGUGGUUCGCGGACUACGCUCGUGUGGCGUUCACCCUCUUCGCCGACCGAGUGCGCACCUGGAUCACCAUCAACGAGCCGGGCUCCGUCUGCGACGGCGGCUACAGGGGGCUCCUGGCGCCGGGACUCAGGGACCGCGAGGUCGGCGCGCUGCUGUGCGCGAAGCACGUGCUGCUGGCUCACGCCGCCGCGUAUAGGGUGUACCAAGACGAGUUUAAGUCGAAAUAUGGUGGUGAACUAUCGAUCGCGAACCAGGAGAGUUGGUUCGAACCGAAAACUGACCAAGACUUGGAUACUACUUUGCUGGCGAGAGAAUAUUUAUUCGGGCGUUACUCGCACCCCAUCUUCUCCGCCGCCGGGGGCUGGCCGCCCGCUCUGGAGAGGUACAUGGCAGACAAGAGCAAGAAGGAGGGGUACCCUCGCUCCAGGCUCCCGGCGUUCACCCAACAUGAGAUACAACUCUUGAAAGGAUCGUUUGACUUCUACGGCCUGAACCACUACACGUCGCGCGUGGUGCGCGGCGCGGCGCCCGGCGAGCGCCCGGCCCGCGCGUCGCGCGGCGCCGAGGAGGUGCGCGCGGCGCUGGAGACCAGGGCCCGCUGGGGCACUGCCGCGUCUUCCUGGCUGAAGGUGAACCCAGAAGGCCUCCGCCACCUCCUGAAGCUGAUCAAGCAGCAGUAUGGAGACGUGAAGAUCCUGAUCACAGAGAACGGGUACUCAGACACCGGCCACCAGCUCGACGACCGCGACAGGGUCAACUAUUACAAGGAGUAUUUAGAACAGGUUCUGCUGGCCAUCACCGAGGACGCGGUGCGAGUGGUCGGCUACACCGCCUGGUCGCUGCUCGACAACUUCGAGUGGGCGGACGGAUACUCGUCGCGCUUCGGGCUGUACUCCGUGGACUUCUCGUCGCCGCGCCGGCCCCGCGCCGCGCGCGCGUCCGCGCGGUACUACGCCGGCGUGCUGCGCGCGCGCGGCCGGGGCGGGGGCGGGGGCGGGGGCGGGGGCGGGGCACGCAACGCCACGGAGACACGUGUGCAGAGCCCACUGCAACAUACACGUUACAUAACCUCGGGCCAUAUUUAUGAAUAA